UGGGCCUGACUGACUCGCCAGGGCGGCGCUGUGAGGGGGCGUGACGAGGCGGGCUGCCCGCGGCCGGCUCUGCCUCUGGCCCGGAUAAGGCGGCGCUGCCGAGCCGCCCCCGCUGCUUCUCUCUCGCCUCGUCUUUCUCUCCCUCGCCCGCCUUCAUGGCGUUCCGGCGCGUCGUGGCCGUGACAGCCGCUGCCUGCGGGCUGGCGGGCGGCUCCGUCCUCCUUUCUUCGCUCGCCAUCGGGAAGCAGCAGCAGCAGCAGCUGGUCAGCAGCAGCAAGGCCGGCGGGGACGCGCCCGAACCGCUCUCGGCGCCUCCUUCCCCGCAGGGCUUGCUGUUUCUGCCUUCGCCCGCUGCUUCUUGCCCCGCCGCUCCCGGCUGGCUCGAGAGGAGCAGCAACGGCUGCGGCUACUGGGAUAGCAACUGGGACAGGAGAGAACCAGUGGCUCUUAUUAAUCUGAAGAAGAAAAAUGAAGAGACUGGGGAAAAGGAGCUCUCAUCUCGCCUAGACCACUACAAAGCAAAAGCUACCAGGCACAUAUUCCUCAUACGCCACUCUCAGUACAACUUGGAUGGGCAAGCGGAUAAAGACAGAACUCUGACUCAGUUGGGACGUGAGCAAGCUGAGUUGACAGGGAAAAGGCUAGCAAGCUUGGGACUGAAAUUUGACAAAAUCAUACACUCCUCUAUGACCAGAGCGUCCGAAACAACCAACAUAAUCAGCAAGCAUCUUCCUGGGGUGAAAAAAGUGAGCACCGACCUGCUGUGUGAGGGAUCUCCUAUUGAGCCAAACCCUCCCAUCUCUCACUGGAAGCCAGAAGCGGUGCAGUAUUAUGAAGACGGGGCUCGCAUCGAAGCUGCAUUUCGAAACUACAUCCAUAGGGCUGACGUGAAGCAGGAAGAGGAUAGCUAUGAAAUCUUUGUCUGUCACGCCAAUGUCAUCCGCUACAUAGUAUGCAGAGCAUUACAGUUUCCUCCUGAGGGCUGGCUUCGGAUGUCUCUCAACAAUGGCAGCAUCACUCACUUGGUGAUCCGUCCCAGCGGCAGAGUGGCACUGCGAAUGCUCGGGGACACAGGGUUUAUGCCUCCAGAGAAAAUCACACGCACCUGAGCAAGCAACACGAUGGUCUUUCUGGAGCCACAGACUCUCCGUGCACAUGUGUGGCUGUGGUACAAAGUUGUGGCUCGGUAGGAUAUCGAGUUUCAAAACUCUGCUUAACAUCACCAAAAAACCCCAACUAGCCCCUCCCUAACUUCUGCAUCAGCAGGGAGGCCUUCCAACAUGGAAAAGGGCACAUAAGGAGACACGGCACUCCCAGCACAUUCCACCAAGCGCUACUGUGCAUCUUCUGCGUGUCUUGCUGAACUCUCCUGUUCCAUUGAAGUGAAUGGAGCCACUGCAACAUCACUUAAUGGACUGAAGAGAUGGAAAGACAGGAAUCUACCUACUUAGCAGCUGACAUGACAGUAAGCCUUGCCUUGCUGCAAAGGGAAAACUCCUGACUUCUAACCAAAGCUUAUUCCUGUGCAGAGAGGCUUCUUUCUCCCUCUGCUGGGAGAGUAAGUAUUCUUUAUUCCACUGAUAAAUUAGAAAGGGUUGUAAAUACUAUGGCUGGACCUGUGGGAGCGGUGUUCUUUCCAAGGGUAGCUGAACUUUCAAUAUAGCUUUAGGACUUGUAGGUAUAACUCUUCCUGAACUUGUCAGCUGUAUCUGGUAAGAUUGGUGGUGGUGGGGGGGUAAGGCACUAAGAAUUUUGGGCAGCAGUGUCUCCUUUAACCUGGAGCUCUUCAUUUAAAGCAAAUGAUACCCAGGAAGAUGGCUUUACUCUUUGGCAAUGUUCUGGGUAAAGGUGAUCAAAGACAGAACACUGUUCUUUUCUCCCUCAUGCCCACAACUGAACAUUUUUAAACAAGUGUUGCCUUACGUGCACCCCGUUCACAGCUAGGCUAAAAGCUUAUUCUAGGUCCUGUGCCCUUAACAACUACUGUGGCUACUUGCAUUCUUCUGUUACCAUACACCUUAGGUUAAAGAGCACAUCUGAGGCCACUUGGUGCUAUUGUACGAAACUAAAAAAAAAAUAUUUAAGUGAACUUCUUCCCCCUAAAGAGCACAACACAGCAUACUUCUGAAUCAGAGCCGAGGCGGGUAAAGCAGUUCUCGGGGAAACUCCUUGCCUAGCAACUUGGUGUGCACUUAGAACUGUGGCCCCAGAGCCAGGCAGGAGCGGGGGCGGGAAGAGAAGAUUCUUCUGUACUUGUGAGAAAUGGUAGUGGUCUGUCUUUGAUCAAUGCAAAAAAUUUUUAACCUAUUCCUAACUUUGUAAAAUGACUGAAAAAAAAAAUAAAAGAAUGUUUGUCUUAAGAGUUGAAA